AUGUCAGAAGAAAAAGGGAAUUGUGAGAAGGAGUUACCAUCCAAAUUGAAGUACGAUACAUUUAAAAAUGGGACAGCAACAUGCAACUCGGUGGGUGGUAGUGGUAAUCCGGGGUGCAGUACACAAUUAAUAAAUAAAGUGUUGAGGGCAUUACAGGGCAAAGGAAUUGGGAGUGAUCUGGACAACUUAGCCAAAGAAAUUGUAAGCAGCCACUAUUACGCAUGUUCAAGCGGGAUAGGUAUGAGUUCACGCGAGGAUGAAUGGUGUUAUUGGUUCUAUUAUUGGUUAGGGGAUCAAAUAAAGGACAAAUUAAAAAAUGGGCACACUUUUGAACAGGUUAUGCAAACAAUUUAUGGGAGUUUGAUAAUUACGGGAUUCAGUUGUAAGUGCAGUAAUUUGUAUCGUGAUAUGAACGAAACAAUUUUUGAGAAUAUCAAAAAAUUAUUCGACUACACCCACGAUUGUAACCACAUAAAAGGAAAAAUAUCAAGUGCAUCAACAUCAACAGGACUGGAAGCGGAAAUUAAAUGUUUCCCUAAAUAUAAGGUUUACUUAACUGCUGCUGUCACCGCUUGCAAUGAACUGAAAUCUGAAUGCCAACGAUAUAAUGGCGGUAGUGGAUUUCCACAGAAUAAUUAUUGUUCUUUAUACCAACAAGUUUGCCAAAGCAAUGGUAGUGUUUCUGGUGGUACGGAAACUGGUGGAAAUAACAUCCCCAAACCAUCAGAAUUACUAACUCAAUUAACUGAUGCGGAAAAUAAGUUGCAGCACUCACAAGUGGAGGCACAGGUGGAGGAGCAGGAUGAAGAAAUGAUCACGGUUACUAGUACAAAGGAAUUAACGGAGGAACAUUUAAACACAGUCAAGGCAGAAUCGAAGUAUUAUGAAGAAUUAAGUGAGAACUCUGAGGAAUGUGCUGGUGACAGUACUACAGUCGAAUAUAUAAAAAACCUACUAUUAUCACAUACUACUGUUGACAUUAAUACGGACAGAAUUAUGCAAGCAUGGUGCCAUGCUCAUAGGGAAUGGGGGGGCACAUUGCCCCCCCAUGGGGAACGCUGUCAUUCUCUAUAUUAUUGGGUAGGGUCCCAAAUAUUUAAGGGUACGUGGUAUGUGUCUAAGUUUGAAGAACUUAUGAAUAACCUCUUUUCAAAAUUGCAAAGUUGGAAGCCUAUCACAGGUUGCUCUAAUCUCUACCCAAAUAUUGGGAAGGACGAAUUCAACCGCAAAAAAGAAAUAUUUGAGCACCUUCAACAAUAUCACACUAUGAAAAGGCAAUUAGAACAAAGUAUCGGCGGGGGCAAGGGGACCAAGGCCCCUUCCCCCUCCCCUUCUCAAAGAGCAAAGUGUGAUCAGAUUUACUCCAACCAUCUGAAGGAUGUAAUAAAAUCUCUCACAGAUGAAUACACUAAAUGUACUACAGGAAAUAAAAAUACUGAACCGUAUUGUUCAAAUUUCCUCCAAAUGUGUUCACAAUGCAAACCUGAUGAACUCACCAAAUUGGAAUGCGAAGUAACAACCACAACUGAGGGUCAAACCUCGGAGUCCGCAGCAUCCUCCUCCUCUUCUGAUAGUACAAGUGGUGGUGUAGGUGGCGCGGUUGGUGGUGGAUUAGCUUCUGUAGCCUUACCAGCAAUUGGUUUCUAUUUAUACAAAUAUACUGAUUUAUUUGAUGGAAUAAAAAAAUCCCUCUUUGGUGGCAGUAAUAAUACAAGAGGAAGGAACAGGAGUAGAGGAAGAAGAUUUACUAUUCGACGACAACACUUCGACGACACUUUCACAGGGAAUGAUUUUUCCACCCUGGGUGGUGAUGGUUCCACCACCCUCGGUGCUGGUGGUGGUGGGGAAUCGUCCACCUUAGAUGGUAGCUCCACCGAUGUUUCGACCAUCUAUAAUGAACCACUUCGUCCACCAACCGGAAGAGAAGGAAGGGCCGGAACACGGACAGGAACAAAUAAUAGAAGACCAGGAAAUAUACGUUACUAUGCCACAUAA